AUGAGUGAAGACAGUGGCAACGAGCUUUAUCAACACUGGGUUGACCAAGCGUUCAGCAGUUUGAUGGCCGCUCUCGCGACAGAUCGAAUACCAAAAGUGUCCUCAGCGGAGAAAGAACGGCACUACAAGUGUGCAAAAGAUGCGGAUGAUGUACAGUCACAUGCCAGAUGCGUCGCGACCCUCUUGGAGGCGGGCGCAGAAGAAGCAAAACGGAUACGUUGGAUGAAAUUGCUCGGAAAGAAACGAGUGAAGAAUCGAGUUAUCCGUCUCGAUCUUAACUCCUAUGGUUCACGACCUGUGAGCGGUAGAGGGUUCAAGUUGAAAAAAUCAACAGUGAAGAAAAAGCUACGUCGGAAAGGCGUCACUCUGGCUGUGCGGCGGAAGCGAGAGGUGCUCACAAUGAACAGCUACAACUUGAUUGACAAGAACAAUCGAAUACCAAAAGUGUCUUCAGCGGAGAAAGAACGGCACUACAAGUGUGCAAAAGAUGCGGAUGAUGUACAGUCACAUGCCAGAUGCGUCGCGACCCUCUUGGAGGCGGGCGCAGAAGAAGCAAAACGGAUACGUUGGAUGAAAUUGCUCGGAAAGAAGCGAGUGAAGAAUCGA